CGCAGAAACUUGUUGCAACAAACAGGCGACCGCGGGUGCCCCUAGCAGCCAGCCGCGGAGUGGGUGGGCGGGCGAGAGGGAGGGGAAGGCUGGCGGACGCCGCAGCGAACUGGUGGGCAGACCCGGAGUCGCCGCGUAAGCGGGGCCGGCUCAGUGCGGUGCGGCAGGCGCGGCUGUGCGGCAGCGGAAGUCCUUUGUUGCAGCACAGUCCCUGGCAGAGCCAGAGCCUUUCCGCGCAGCCCAGCCCGAGCGCCGCACGCCGCCGCCACUGCAGCUUACGGCCCUUUCGCCUCCGCCCGCCUUUCCCGCGGCUGAUUUGCCUUAAACUCCCUAAAAUCUCCGCAGCCCAGGUUCCUGCUGCGGCCGGUCUCUCAUUAAUAGAAGAUGGCAAAGCCCAGCCACAGCAGCUACGUCCUUCAGCAGCUAAACAACCAAAGGGAAUGGGGUUUUCUCUGUGACUGUUGUAUUGCAAUUGAUGACAUUUACUUUCAAGCACACAAAGCAGUUCUAGCUGCCUGUAGCUCCUAUUUUAGAAUGUUUUUCAUGAACCAUCAGCAUAGUACUGCACAACUGAAUCUCAGCAACAUGAAAAUUAGUGCCGAGUGUUUUGAUCUCAUUUUGCAAUUUAUGUAUUUAGGAAAAAUUAUGACAGCUCCCUCCAGUUUUGAACAGUUUAAAGUGGCAAUGAACUACCUACAGCUGUACAAUGUUCCUGACUGCUUAGAAGACAUACAGGAUGCAGAUUGUUCUAGUUCAAAAUGUUCAUCUUCUGCUUCCAGCAAACAGAACAGCAAAAUGAUAUUUGGGGUAAGAAUGUAUGAAGACACUGUGGCUAGAAAUGGCAAUGAGGCCAACAGGUGGUGUGCAGAGCCAAGUUCAACAGUAAAUACACCACACAAUAGAGAGCCUGAUGAAGAGUCUUUACAAUUAGGUAAUUUUCCUGAACCACUGUUUGAUGUAUGUAAAAAAAGUUCUGUGUCCAAAUUAUCUACUUCAAAAGAACGUGUGUCACGACGCUUUGGACGGAGUUUUACCUGUGAUAGCUGUGGAUUUGGCUUUAGCUGUGAAAAAUUAUUAGAUGAGCAUGUGCUAACCUGUACGAACAGACAUUCAUACCAAAACACAAGAUCUUACCACAGAAUAGUAGAUAUUAGAGAUGGAAAAGAUAGUAACAUCAAAGCUGAAUUUGGUGAAAAGGAUUCUUCCAAAACAUUUUCUGCACAGACGGACAAAUACAGAGGAGACACGAGCCAGGCUGCUGAUGAUUCAGCUUCAACCACUGGAAGCAGAAAAAGUAGCACAGUGGAGUCUGAAAUAGCCAGUGAAGAAAAAAGCAGAGCUGCUGAGAGGAAAAGAAUCAUUAUCAAGAUGGAGCCAGAAGAUAUUCCUACAGAUGAACUGAAAGACUUUAACAUUAUUAAAGUUACUGAUAAAGACUGUAAUGAAUCCACUGACAAUGAUGAAUUAGAAGAUGAACCUGAAGAGCCAUUUUAUAGAUAUUACGUUGAAGAAGAUGUUGGCAUUAAAAAAAGUGGUAGGAAAACUCUAAAACCUCGGAUGUCAAUAAAUGCUGAUGAAAGAGGUGGUUUAGAAAACAUGAGGCCUGCUAACAACAGUAGUCCAGUACAAGAGGAUACUGAAAAUGCUUCUUGUGAGCUGUGUGGACUCACAAUAACUGAGGAGGAUCUGUCAUCUCAUUACUUAGCCAAACACAUUGAAAAUAUCUGUGCAUGUGGGAAAUGUGGACAAAUACUUGUCAAGGGUAGACAACUUCAGGAACAUGCUCAAAGAUGUGGAGAACCCCAAGAUCUGACAAUGAAUGGAUUAGGAAGUACUGAAGAGAAAAUGGACAUGGAAGAGAAUCCUGAUGAGCAGUCUGAAAUAAGAGAUAUGUUUGUUGAAAUGUUGGAUGAUUUUAGGGACAAUCAUUACCAAAUAAACAGUAUCCAAAAAAAGCAGUUAUUUAAACAUUCUGCCUGUCCUUUUCGAUGUCCUAAUUGUGGCCAGCGUUUUGAAACUGAAAAUCUAGUAGUUGAACAUAUGUCUAGCUGCCUAGAUCAAGAUAUGUUUAAGAAUGCCAUUAUGGAAGAAAAUGAAAGAGAUCACAGACGAAAACAUUUCUGUAACCUAUGUGGAAAAGGCUUUUAUCAGCGGUGUCACUUAAGAGAACAUUAUACUGUUCAUACUAAGGAGAAACAGUUUGUCUGUCAGACAUGUGGAAAGCAGUUUUUAAGAGAGCGUCAGUUGCGACUGCACAAUGAUAUGCACAAAGGCAUGGCCAGUGGUGAAAUAGGGCCUUCUAAACUUCUGGAGAAGUGAAAGAUCUGAAUUUGGAGAGGACAUGGGGAAGAAUCAAUCUUCAGCAGAUAAUCUUUAAGUGCAGACCCAGGAAUAUCAGAUCUGAAGUGGCACCAUCUUUUCUGUCUUCCUGACAAACUUCAUCAACCCCAAAAGUUCCAGUUGAAAAGAUCCAAGAAAACUCAGUAAAGAUCACUUUGGAAUCACUUUGUUGUAACAAAAUUGAUUCAUAGUGACUCUCCUAGUAUUUGUGGAAAAUCUGCUAAAGAAAAAUAACUAGAAAAUUCAUAUGACAUCAGUGGUUAAAGCUACACUAAAAUGAAACUUCACAUGCUAAUUAUCUCCAAUAGUUCUUUCUAAAAUAAAAGGGCUUGCUAGGCUACUGUAAAUACAUUACAAAGAGAGAUAAUCACAUACCUGUAUAAACAUAUAUAAUUCUAAACUUAAAAUAACCAGAAUUAUAGCUUACAGAUUAUGAAAUGUAGUUAGGCAGUUUACAAAGUUACACCCAAAAAUCUGUAGAGUAGAAGUAAAAAGAAGUGGGUACACAGAAAAAAAUCUUCAAGAUCAACAUUUUAACAAAAUAGUCUAGUUAUUACUCACUGUAAAAUAACACUUGCCCUUCCUCCUUUCUCGCUUUAUAUACCAGUCACUUAUUAAUAUUAAUGAGGCUCCCUUUUAUGUAUAACUUGAAGGAUGAACAGAAGUGGUAUUACUCCAAUAGCGGUAGAUUUGCACAAAUCAAAGACACAUUAUUUUCUUCUGAACUUAAUAAUGUAACCUAAUAAGGCAGAAUUAAUUUCUGUUAAACAUUUAUUCUCCAUAUUAAUGUACAAUGCCAUACUUCUCAGCUUCAGAUUUUAAGAUAAAAUUUAGCUUUUUAAAUAGAAGUACUUAACCUAUUGAAUGAAAUAACAGUUAACAUGUUUAAAAGAACUUUUCACAGAGAAAUGAAAUGUUUGGUGAGAUUUUAAUCUGGCUAAAAAUGCUUUUAUAUAUAGACACAUUUCUUAACUAUAUGAAUCUUAUAACCAUUUUAUUUCCUUACUGUGAAUAUACCUGUAGUUUCACCUUUCGUUAACUAUGUACCCAAUUCCUUAUUAUUAUUUUGUUUCUUGUGCAGUAUCAUGUUAUAUAUUUUCAGAAAUGCUUACUUCACUUUUAUGCCUAUUUCUUCAAAUAUUUUAAUAAGGAGUUGCAGAGAUUUAACUUAAAGUAUACUUAGUAGUAUAUGCAAGAGUUGUCAUUUAAAGACCCGAGCUAUAAAGUAGGAUAACUCGAAUAUUCAUUCUAAUAAUUAGACUAAGUGAAAAUCAAAGAGUUAAUUACAAUGUGAUAGUUGGUACAGAGGGGAGAAGGGAGAAGAGAAAUCCACUAAAGAGUUCAAAUACAUAUGAAUUCAGUUGCUUUAAUAAAAAUAAAUAAGUCUAGAGAAGUGUUAGAAUCUAAAAAACACAGGAGUUAAUCUCUUAGGAACAGGAAGUAGCAUAUAGAACUGCAGACUUCUAAAAUAAAUAGAAAACAAAAAAGAUAAAAGAAUAUUACCAAUAGUUAAAGAUGCCAGAUCAAUAUAGUAAUGACUUAACAAAUAAUUUUUGAUUUGGUGGAAUUAGAUUUACUAAAGAAAAAUGUCUUAAAUUUUGAAUGUACUAACUACAAAUGUAAUAAGUUACAAUAAUAAAUGAUAUACAUUCUAUAAUGUGAUUAUUUUCUGUAUAUUAGUAUAAAGUGGAAUUACUGGAUUACAUAAAAUACUUUUGUUAUUUUUUUAAUCCAUUGCUUUUACCUAAUAAAAUUUCCUCCUCUAUGUUCAGAAGUUAAA